AACGUCAAUAAAUUGAAGUUUGAACUUUAUAGUUUAUAGUGAAUUUGUAUUAUAAUUCUCUUUGGAAUUUGUAUUUUGUACCUGAGAUAACUAUGUAUAUACCUACUCUAGUUUAUUUUUCUUUGGUUUAUAUUUUUAUUGGUCUCUGAUUUAUAUUGUGAAAGAUAAAAGAAUAGUAUAGGUGCCAGAUUUCCACGUAAUAUAUUAUAAUUCUCUUUGUAUUAAGAACUAAUUAUAAUUUAUGGAUAAAACGUAAUUUGAAGAAAAAUCAAGAUUACGUUUUAUCACGUAUCUACCUCAAUCGUCGGUCCUGUGAUUACAGAUCUUUAUUUUGCAGUAGAGUUUUGGAACCUUUUAAUAGAGAUCUAUAAACAUGUUCAUAGUCGGCCUUACAGGAGGACUUGCUACAGGCAAAAGUACUGUUUUAUCAAUAUUUCGUGAGAAUGGUAUUGCUGUCAUCGACGCAGAUGAAGUGGCCAGAAAAGUUUUGGAUCCAGGCAGUAAGGCAUGGAAAGAGGUAAAGAAAAUUUUUGGUGAACAAGUGUUGUGUCCCGAUGGAAAAGUCAACCGAGCCAAACUCGGGGAAAUGAUUUUUGACGACAUAAAUAAGAGACGGAAACUGAAUGCCAUUACUCAUCCCAAGAUACAACGUGCUAUGAUGCAGAUGGCUGUGAAAUAUUUUUUCUCCGGGCACAGGUACAUAGUCAUGGAAGUGCCUUUACUGUUUGAGACAGGAAAAAUGUUGACAUUUAUGCACAAAAUUAUUACUGUGAUUUGUGAAGAUCAUCAACAGUUAGAAAGACUAUGUAAAAGAAAUGACUUCUCUGUGGCUAUAGCGAAAAAAAGAAUUAGUUGUCAAAUGCCUCUUGAAGACAAAGUAGCGAAAUCAGAUUUUGUCAUAGAUAAUGCUGGUGAUCUUAACAGCACAAGGCACCAGACUCUUUGUAUUAUUCGUAUGCUAAAGAGGUCUAAAUUUACUUGGUAUUUUACUGCAUUAGUUUACAUAGGACUUAUAUCUCUAGUGUUGGGGGCUAUAAAUAUAACAUAUAAGUUAUUGGGAACUACAAAUUGAAAUGUGUGACUUUAUACUAAUGGUUGUUAUUUGAUAUUUUACAAUGCAAUAUUAGAAUGAUGACUCACAUCAUGUAACUGUCUGGAUUUAAGCUGAGUGAUCUGAUACUCAUUACUACUUUGGUUGUAAUAUUGAAAAUUGCUCAAUUUAAAAUAUAGAAUGUAAGUUUUUUGGCAGUGAAGAGUCAAGUCAAUAUAUGUAAUUAUACAUUUUGCUGACAUGUUGAUUGUUUUGCUAUAAAAAAAUAUUAUAGUGCAUUUCUUAUAAAUAAUUAUGUAAUCAGAAAAGUGUAUGUAAUAAUAUAAAGAAUAAGUAGAGAUUAAUGGCUGAUUCCAAUAAAACAUUCAAACCAAUAACUAUGAGUUAAUGGUAAGAUUAAACCAAUCAAAGUAACUCAUUUCAAAUCAUGUCAAACAAACUUUAUUCUGAUUGGCACAUGUUUGCUAUGGAUCGGACGUUUGCGGCCAAGAUCGUUUAAAGGAAUCUGCUAUUACACAAUUUUAACCUCUGUGAACCGCCUAUACACAGGAUAUUUUGGAUUAGACACCCAUUAUUGACACGCAUGCUCUUUGGGCGGUUAGUAGAUUUGUCUCCGUAGUCCACACCAGUGCAAUUUAAUUGCGAUUAAGACAUCAUUCAGGUUGCGCUCUAAUUAUACGAUAGUAGCUGAUCGUCACUGAGUCAUCUUAAGCUUGUUCAGAAACAUUGUGUGCAUAGGCCGUUAUUUUGGUAGAUUGAAAUUGUAGGUUGAUUUAAGCCUUCUCAUAGGUUCUCGCAGGAGUCCGGCUGAAUAGAUGGGUACCAAUUACCACGGCAAUGACUAUUUUUGAUGUCGAGCAACAGUGUGCCAGCACACAUCACAAGAUAUGGGGUCAAAUUAACAGAAUAACUUCCUGGGUUUUAUGUGAACUAAACAGAAGAAUUGCUAUAUUAUUCAAGAAUUUUGUCUUUAGUGCGGGAUUUAGAUACAUACAGUCUCGAUUUCCUGUAAGAUCCCUGAUCGCCAUGGUUUACAACUGUGUGUAAAAGGUACUAUGGAAACUGCCGUAGGUGAUUAUAAUUACAAAAGUUCCAAAGAUUAGCUUUCUACUUUUGGUAAAUUUUACGUGUACUUACCUAAAUAACUAUUGUAAAUACAGGCGUUAGUCUUUGUAAACAUUUUGAAAAAUAUAUUUAAUAAAUAAUUAAAAUAUAUUCAA